CCUUCCUUAAGCUCCUUUUCUCUCAAUCUUAAUUAGGUUUCUGAUUUUGAUCGGAGCGAAGAAACGUUUAAAGCUUUGAGAUUUAAUGAGCUAAGGUUCUUAGUUUCUGUAAUUAGAUGCUUGUCACUAUCUUCUUCACCCUUUGAUCCUUUUACUAAUCUCGUGCAAAAGAUGCGUCUUUCAUGUGUUUCCGACUGUUUUAUUGGGCUUAGAAAGUUCUAGGGAGUGCAUGGUUUAGAGCUCAAGGUUCUUGCUUUCAUUUCAUUAGUGAGAUUUCUUUCCUUUUAAGCAAAACAAAAAGAAUUUGGUGUGAGAAUAACCAAGGUUGGAAAGAUGCCUGACGGAGCCAGUUUCAACGUGCUGAAUUACAACAACGACAACAACUACUAUGCUUUCACGCAAGACUUCUAUAAAAAGCUUAAUGAAGGUACCAACAUGUCCACGGAGAGUAUGCAGACGAGUAACGCUGGAGGUUCUGUGUCAAUGUCUGACAACAGCAGCGUUGGCUCCAGUGACGCUCUUAUUGGCCACCCUGGGUUGAAGCCACUGCGCAAUAAUGCCUACUCACCUUCUGUUGGGCAAAGCGCGUUCCGUCCGGGGAGAGGUAUACAUGCGUCGAAAGAUGAUCGCUUGCCUCUGGCACUGAUGGACAGCAGGUAUCCAACCGAAGGGUUGGCUAACUAUGAAGAGUGGACGAUCAAUCUGAGGAAUCUCCACAUGGGUCCUCCCUUUGCUCAAGGGGCUUUCGGUAAGUUAUACAAAGGGAGUUACAAUGGGGUGGAUGUAGCCAUCAAGAUACUUGAGCGGCCAGGGAACAACCUGGAAAAGGCACAGUUCAUGGAGCAGCAGUUUCAGCAAGAGGUGACUAUGCUUGCGAAUCUGAAGCAUCCAAACAUCGUGAGGUUCAUUGGUGCAUGUCGCAAGCCAAUGGUGUGGUGUAUAGUGACUGAGUACGCUAAAGGAGGUUCUGUGAGGCAGUUUCUGACAAAAAGACAGAAGAGAGCAGUGCCGUUGAAGCUAGCUGUGAAACAGGCCUUGGAUGUCGCCAGGGGUAUGGCUUAUGUCCAUGGACGCAACUUCAUACACAGAGAUCUCAAGUCAGAUAACCUUCUCAUAUCUGCUGACAAGUCAAUCAAGAUUGCUGAUUUUGGUGUUGCAAGAAUCGAAGUUCAUGCCGAAGGGAUGACACCAGAAACCGGAACUUACAGAUGGAUGGCUCCGGAGAUGAUACAGCAUAGAGCCUACAACCAAAAAGUGGAUGUGUAUAGCUUCGGGAUCGUGCUGUGGGAGUUAAUCACGGGACAGUUACCGUUCCAGGGCAUGACAGCAGUACAGGCUGCGUUUGCGGUUGUGAACCGAGGAGUGCGUCCAACAAUCCCAAACGAUUGUCUCCCCGUGCUGACUGAGAUAAUGACUCGAUGCUGGGAUGGUAACGCGGAAGUGCGUCCAAGUUUCGUGGAGGUUGUGAGUAUGCUUGAAGCUGCAGAAACUGAGAUAAUGACGACAGCUAGAAAAGCCCGUUUCAGAUGUUGCAUGAGUCAGCCUAUGACGAUUGACUAAAAUGAAAAGAGUAAGAAGAAGAAAAAUAUAUAAGAA